AUGUCGUCGACCUCCGGCGCUCUGCCGCAGCCUCGCCGCGGGCGUCCCGGGCCCUGGCCCCCGGCGCCGCCCCCGCAGCCACAGGCGCAGCCCCUCUCCUGGGCUAAGCGCACGGGCUUCCAGUCCCGCGUCUCCGGCGAGUCACUGCCUUCGGCUUCCGCCCCCAACUCCGGUCAGGUCCCCCUCCCUCGACCCGCUGAGCGCCCUUCCGAUCUAGAGUCGGGCCCGCCGGCCCGGCCCAGCUCCACCCUCCCUGCCCCUCCUGCCGCCGCGGGAAAUGGCGAGCGGCAGCAUCCCCCGGCGCCGCCUCCUCAGGCGAGGACGAGGAGGAGGGACUCCGAAGGCGGAAGGCCGAACGGGCAGGCGGCCGCGCCUCCGCUUCCGCGGCUACAGGAGGAGGAGGAGGAGGAGGCGCCAGAGCGGCCGGCUCAUGUGAAGUACGAGCUCCGUGACACUCCUGGAAUGCUUCCUCUGGUGGUAUACGGAUUCCAGCAUUACAUUUCCAUGGUUGGUUCAAUCAUCCUGAUCCCUCUCGUGAUGGUUCCUGCUAUGGGCGGCUCGGCUGAUGACAUGGCGGCAGUGGUGUCCACAGUGUUGCUCGUCACCGGGAUGACUACAUUGCUGCACAUGUUUGUUGGAACGAGACUGCCACUUGUGCAGGGUCCAUCCUUUGUAUACCUGGCUCCUGCGCUCGCGAUCAUCAACUCCCCAGAAUUCUUUGGGCUCAAUGAUAAUAAUUUUAAACACAUAAUGAAGCACCUGCAGGGAGCUAUAAUAAUUGGAGGUGCAUUCCAAGUGGGCUUGGGAUAUACAGGCCUCAUGUCACUAUUUCUUAGGUUGAUAAAUCCAGUUGUUGUCUCACCAACAAUUGCAGCUGUUGGGCUUUCAUUUUUCAGUUAUGGUUUCACAAAAAUAGGGACAUGUAUAGAGAUGGGAAUUUUGCAGUUGUUGAUGGUGGUUAUUUUUGCACUUUACCUCCGGAAAAUAAAGUUAUUUGGGUACAGAGUGUUUCUUAUUUAUGCGGUUCCUCUUGGAAUAGGAAUCACAUGGGCUGUUGCUUUUGUUCUCACAGCAACUGGAGUUUAUAGCUACAAAGGUUGUGAUGCAAAUAUUCCUGCCUCAAACAAUAUAUCAGCCUUUUGUCGGAAGCAUGUAUUGAGGAUGAAAUCUUGCCGUGUAGACACUUCGCAUGCCUUAAGAUCUUCACCCUGGUUCAGAUUUCCCUAUCCAUUGCAAUGGGGAACUCCAGUUUUUAGCUGGAAAAUGGGCCUUGUGAUGUGUGUUGUAUCAGUUAUUGCUUCUGUUGAUUCAGUCGGUUCCUACCAUGCAUCAUCUUUGUUUGUGGCUACCCGGCCACCAACGUCUGGAGUUGUUAGCAGAGGUAUUGGUGUUGAGGGUGUAUCUACAGUCUUGGCUGGUCUUUGGGGUACAGGAGUUGGUUCUGCAACAAUAACAGAGAAUGUACACACAAUUGCUGUGACUAAAAUGGGUAGCCGAAGAGCAGUUGGAUUUGGUGCUAUUUUACUUGUACUGCUUUCUAUUAUUGGAAAAGUCGGUGCCUUCAUUGCUUCUAUUCCUGAUGUUAUGGUUGCUGCUCUCCUUUGCUUCAUGUGGGCUAUGCUCUGUGCUCUUGGCUUGUCCAAUCUUCGUUACAGUGCUACUGGAAGCUCCAGGAACAGUAUUAUAGUUGGGCUGGCUUUAUUCUUGUCCCUAUCAGUUCCUUCAUACUUCCAGCAGUACGGUGUACAUCCUAGCGUAAACUCAUCAGUGCCAACUUACUUUCAAGCAUACAUUGUUGCAUCUCAUGGACCUGUUCACACUGGAUCUGGCGGGGUGAACUAUGUCCUCAACACGAUACUUUCACUCAACAUGGUCAUUGCAUUUCUGGUUGCUCUGAUACUUGACAACACAGUCCCUGGUGGUCGUCAAGAGCGGGGGUUGUAUGUAUGGUCAGAAGCAGAGGCGGCGAAGAGAGAAUCGGCUUUCAUCAAAGACUAUGAACUUCCUUUCAAGAUUGGACGCCCGUUCAGAUACUUUGAGACUGCUGUAUAUCAUCGCUGA